GGCGGGGCCGGAGGCGGUGUCGCAGGCGCCGCUGCGUGCGGCGCUGUGCGGGGCGGGGGUGCCGGGAGGCUGCGGUGCAACGGGACUAUGAGGCUCCGAGCGCAGCGCUGGCACCGGCGGAGUCACCGCGGGCCGUGUUAAUGCAGGUGAUUAUUGCAGCUGAUAACCCGAGCCAACAUGGUGAUGCUACCUGAGGGAAAUUUCUUUAACUCAUAAGUCAACAGUUAACAAGAUUGGAAGCCAUGCCUUUAGUGAAGAGGAACAUAGAGCCCCGGCACCUGUGCCGGGGAGCCUUGCCUGAAGGGAUUACCAGUGAACUUGAAUGUGUGACCAAUAGCACGCUUGCUGCUAUCAUCCGCCAGCUAAGCAGUCUGAGCAAACAUGCUGAAGACAUAUUUGGUGAGUUGUUUAAUGAGGCUAACAACUUCUACAUCAGAGCAAAUUCUCUUCAAGACAGAAUUGAUCGCCUUGCUGUCAAAGUUACCCAGCUGGAUUCAACGGUGGAAGAGGUGUCACUACAGGAUAUCAACAUGAAAAAAGCUUUCAAAAGUUCCACAGUUCAAGACCAGCAGGUAGUUUCAAAGAACAGCAUUCCCAAUCCUGUCGCUGACAUCUACAACCAGAGUGAUAAACCACCUCCUCUAAAUAUUCUUACACCCUACAGAGAUGAUAAAAAGGAUGGGCUGAAGUUCUAUACUGAUCCUUCCUAUUUCUUUGACCUCUGGAAAGAAAAAAUGCUACAGGAUACGGAAGACAAAAGGAAAGAGAAAAGGCGACAGAAGGAGCAAAAGCGUGUAGAUGGCACAACUCGAGAGGUGAAAAAGGUUAGAAAAGCCAGGAACAGGCGCCAAGAAUGGAAUAUGAUGGCGUAUGACAAAGAGCUUAGACCCGACAACAGGUUGUCUCAGAGUGUGUACCAUGGAGCAUCUUCCGAGGGAUCUCUGUCCCCAGAUACUAGGUCCCAUGCAUCAGAUGUCACAGAUUACUCGUAUCCGGCCACUCCCAACCACUCUCUGCACCCACAGCCUGUGACCCCUUCAUACGCAGCCAGUGAUGCACAGGCACAUGGGCCAGCAAGCCAGGCCCCCGAGCAUGAGUACCGACCCCCUUCUGCCUCGGCCAGGCACAUGGCCCUAAAUAGACCACAACAGCCGCCACCACCGCCACCCCCUCAGGCCACAGAGGGGUCCCAGGCUCCUGCACCCAUGGCUUCAGCUGACUACGGGAUGCUCCCAGCACAGAUCAUUGACUACUACAACCCCUCAGGACCACCGCCGCCUCCACCACCUCCCACCAUCCCUUCAGCACAAACUGCUUUCGUCACUCCUCUCCAGAUCCCUAUGCAGCCGUCAUUCCCAGCCACUGCGGGUGCCUCCUACACGGCUCCUCCUCAUCCUCCCUCCACUGGGCUGGUGGUCACAGCCCCACCACCUCCAGGCCCACCUCCUCCCCCACCUGGCCCCCCUGGUGCAGGCUCUUCUGUCUCCUCCUCCCCAGUGCAUGGCCCCCCAGUAGCAGAGGCAAAGCGACAAGAAGCCACACAACCACCAGUAAGCGAUGCUCGUAGCGACCUUCUUGCUGCUAUCCGGAUGGGAAUCCAGCUGAAAAAGGUGCAGGAGCAGCGUGAGCAAGAGGCCAAGCGUGAGCCAGUGGGGAAUGACGUGGCUACCAUCCUGUCCCGGCGCAUUGCAGUGGAAUACAGCGAUUCAGAUGAUGAUUCUGAAUUUGAUGAAAAUGACUGGUCUGACUGAGCCAGCAGGUGGUCAGCUCAGCAGGGAGACUGGCUGCCAGCCAGGAGACCAUGUGUCCUGAAAAUCUCUGCUGGUCUCAACACCCAAAUAGUAGUAUUAUAAUCCUGUAGUUUAGAAACUUUUUUUUGUAUUGAUAACGUGAUAAUUGCUUUUGCACAUCCAAAUAUUCUGGGGUUUUUUUUCUUCAGUAUUUACUGUGUAAUACUUAAGUGCCACUAAACAUAGCAAACCAAGCUACACACAAGGAAAUAUGCCGUUAACUAUUGCGUUGUCCUGAAAACAACAUUUUGCUUCCUUUUUCUUGGCCAUGAAAGUAUUUAGUGCAGUUUAGGUUUACUCUUAUGGACCAUUAUAACUGCAAACUUGUUGUGUGUUUGUGAAAUUGUUAGGUCUCUGCAAGAUUAAAGGCUGUGCGUCAGAGUGAUGUCUCCCAGUCAGUGAUACUGCUCUACCUUUUUUCCUUUUUUAAAUGUGUUUCAAAAGAAGUUAGUUCUAAAAAGAUUUAAUAAGCAAAGGCGAAUCAAAUGUUUCUGCUUUCAGUUUCUUGGCUUGGUAGCCUGUGUAUGGAUUUUAAUGUUCUGCUGAAUAAUUUUAUUUCCUCUGCACUCUUAUCAAACAUGAACUUGGAAGGGCCCCUUUUCAAGCAGGAUUCCCUGUGUUUAUUCAUGAAGUAAAUGCUGGGGGCGGGGGGGGGGGUUGGUGGAGUUUUGUUCUUGUUGUUAUUGGUUUUGUUUGUGUGUGUGUGUGUGUGUGCUCUGGCAGCUCAGUAAUCAUGGGAAAGAAUAAUAGGGUUCUUUUCCCUCUGGGAACCUUUGGGGUGAUGGUCAGGACUCUUCAUGGCCUUCACAGCUCAGGCAGCAGCCAGCAGAGCAGACAGGAGGAGGCAGGGCUGCAAGGCAGAACUGGGCAGAGCCGCCAAGCAUCAGCCUGGGGUGCCAUGGUCUGCUCCUUUUGAUUUUGUCAGGGGCCAUUUCCUAACAAAGCCACUUGGCAUUCAUCCCAUAUCAGCAUGUUACUGAGCUUGCUGCAGAUCAUAGUUCAUACCACUUGGUCUGGAUUUUAAAAGCUUAGACAGAUACCUCCUAUCCAAGGAUCUUGGGCCAGAUUGGGAAGCCAUCAUUUUUAGGGCCUCAUUCCAUACUGGAAGCACACACUUCCUUUUUUCUUAUGAUGUCGUUGGCACAUGUGAUUGGAAAAGCACUGCACAAACUGACCUGCCAAGACCCACAGCUAUUGUAGCAGCUCACCUUCACUCACCUCGAUCUCCCCUGCUCUCCUCUGGAACCUCAGGACUUGAUUCCCGGGGGGAGAAGGCACACCUUUGGAAUAUUCAUGUUGACAAGUUCUGAGGACAUCAGCUGACUCCCAUCUCCCAUGUGUGUCCCCUGAGUGGGACCUUGUGUGGCUUGUGGGUGGCCAUGCAAAGAGUCUUAAGCUGGACCUUUGAGUUUUCGUCACAUCAAAGGUCAGAGAAGUGUGCACUCUGCAUCCCUGUUCUAGACCUUACUCUAAUUUGUCUGAGUCUUGGCAGCUAUAACGGCUGUUUUGGACAUGUGCCUCUUGCAUUUCUGCUUCUUGGAACUAGUCACCAUAAUUUUAUUUAAUAUAAAGAAUGGUUAUUAUUGAACCUUUAAAUCCAUAUCUUUAGUUUCUCUGUUUUUCCUUCAAGGUAGAGAAUGCCUGUGUUAGGAUUUUCACCACUUUUAGGCUUAUUUUGUCUCUGUUACAGUAUUUUUUAAGGAGCUACCUAUAAAUUUCUAGAGCUUAAAACUGGUUGUAGUUCUUUCUUCUUUACAUACUCUUUGUUUCUACUAUCUUUGUCAGGCUUUCUUUUAUUUAUAUCUUAUUACAAUAAAGUUAGUGAUACUUUAUUAAUAAAUAUUCAUGAGCCUAGUAAUUUCUAUUUGUCUUCAUGUAGUUGAAUUCACAAGUUAUUUUCAACUUGAUUUUCUGACUAGUGCAAAAAUUUUUGUCCUGAUGUGUUAUUUUAGCCUUUAAAAGAAUGAAAAAUUACUAAAAUUCAAUUUAGAUUACUUUUGCGGCAGUCUUUCUCAGUUAAUUUGGUUUACUUUAAAACUGAAUCCAAACUUUUUCUAACAUGGAAAAAAGAGUAUCUCAUUUUCAAAAAAUACCAAAACAAAUGAAAAAAUAUAUUUGGAACCUAUUUCAUGUGAGUUCAUCAUUUUAAAUGGUUAUGUAAUAUCAGGUUAUUUUUGAAUUAUCCACAUUUUGUUUCUCCACACAUAUUUUAGAUUAUUUCUUAAUAAUCAUUUUGGGGGGCUUAAUGCUUUAUAGUACAGUCACUGACAUAUGCAUAUAGUUUCACUAUAUACUAGGCUCCCAAAGUUUUUUUUCCGCUCCUCCCUCCUCCUCCCCCAGUAUCCUUUGCUUUGGUGCAAUACACCAUGUUUCAUGUUUCACUAACAAGCAUUUUUUAAAAAUCAUAUAUUUAGACAGAGGAUAGGACAAUGUACUAUCCAUUAGUUACACAAAUGAUUUUCUGUUUUAAACCCCAAACCAUCAUAUUUGGUGUACUUAGGUUUUUUUUUCUUUAGUGUAUAUUCUGUUAGAGAAUUAACAUUUUAUCUCAGAAUGUUAUUUUUAGAAUAUCCAAAUCUUUGCUGAGAACAAAAUGACUAGGUUGUUAAAGUUUUGUAAUGAUUUGCAACUGAAAUACAUGAUGCAUUUUAAUCCAUUAAAGACUAGUGGGAAUGUAUCAGCCAGAGUAGUGAGUAAUUUUUGUUUUAUAAAUCAGAAAGAGUAUCUGUUAUCUUGCAAUAUUGUCAAUACUAUUGUAAAUUGAAUUUAAAGUGGUAUUAAAAAACACCUAUUAAACAAUUUUUAUCUGUUUGUAUAUCUUAAUAUAGAUUAUGUACAAGUUAACAUCUAAAUAAAAUUAGACUUUUAACCCUAAAA